CCUCCCUGCGGAAAUCUACGUCACGCCGGCUCCUGCAGUGUGAAUGAAUCAAAACUGCCUCUAGGGACCAGCAGCUGAGCUGGGAAAGGGGAGGGGGGGAGGAGAUGGAGGGAGUGGAGAAGAAGGAGGAGGGGGAGGGAGAGAGGAAGGGGGAAGAAGGAGGAGGGAGGGAAGAAGAAGGAGGGGGAGGGAAAAAAAGAGCCAGAGCUGCAGCAACAGCGUCGCCUUAACCCGGGAUACACACUAACCCGGGAGAGCAGGAUCAAAGGGAUUUGAAACAGUCUAAAGGGUGGAAGGGGGGGCUCAGGGGGGAGUGCCAGCCUACAAGUCCUCCUGGAGGGGUGAAGAGACGGGCUUUCGAUUGUGACUUUGCUUAUUUCGUUUGGGGUUUUAUCUUUUUUUUUUUUUUUUUUUUUUGAAAUUUCUAAGCUAGUCAGAGAGAAAGAGUGAGAAAGGGGAGGGAGAUUUCCAUAGACAGCUAUUUCCCACCUCUGCCCAAGAUGAUGCAGAGCUCGACCGUCACCACGGAAGGGUCUGUCAAGGGGCUCCCGGACAUCCUCGGUGUACCGAUGCAACAGAUCCCUCAGUGUGCCGGCUGCAAUCAGCACAUCUUGGAUAAGUUCAUCCUCAAAGUUUUAGACAGGCAUUGGCACGGCUCCUGUCUUAAGUGUGCAGACUGCCAGAUGCAGCUGGCUGACAGGUGCUUCUCUAGAGCGGGGAGUGUCUACUGCAAGGAAGACUUCUUCAAGCGUUUUGGGACAAAAUGCACAGCUUGCCAACAGGGCAUCCCCCCCACCCAAGUGGUACGGAAGGCCCAAGACUUCGUUUACCACCUUCACUGCUUUGCCUGCAUCAUCUGUAACCGCCAGCUGGCCACGGGGGAUGAGUUCUACCUCAUGGAGGACGGGAGGCUGGUCUGUAAAGAAGACUAUGAGACAGCCAAGCAGAAUGAUGACUCAGAAGCUGGUGCUAAGCGGCCUCGGACCACCAUCACAGCCAAACAGCUGGAGACACUAAAGAAUGCCUACAAGAACUCUCCCAAACCGGCCCGGCACGUGAGAGAGCAGCUGUCCUCCGAGACAGGGCUGGACAUGAGGGUCGUGCAGGUCUGGUUCCAGAACCGGAGGGCCAAAGAGAAGCGGCUGAAGAAGGACGCUGGACGCCACCGCUGGGGCCAAUUCUACAAGAGUGUCAAAAGGAGCCGGGGAGGCAGUAAGCAUGAGAAAGAGAGCUCUGCAGAGGACUGUGGGGUUAGUGACAGUGAGCUGAGCUUCCGAGAAGAUCAGAUUCUCUCAGAUCUCGGCCACACCAAUAGAAUUUAUGGCAACGUGGGGGACGUUGCAGGCGGACAGUUAAUGAAUGGGAGCUUCUCCAUGGAUGGGACAGGACAAUCCUAUCAGGACUUGAGGGACGGGAGUCCUUACGGAAUUCCCCAGUCUCCAUCUUCCGUAUCAUCCCUGCCAUCCCACACUCCAUUACUCAAUGGGCUGGAUUACACGAUGGACAAUCAUUUGGGAAUCGUUGCACAUGGAGGGCAGGGAGUGACCCAGACACUGAGAGUCAUGACUGGGGGGCCCACCUCGGAUAUCUCUACAGGAAGCAGUGUUGGCUACCCAGACUUCCCGACCAGUCCAGCUUCUUGGCUGGAUGAAAUGGAUCAUCCUCCUUUUUAAGUGACUCUGCUCCCUUGUUUAUUCUUCUGGCCUGAGAGUCCAUUCAAGUAUCUAGAGACAAAUAUACUUUUCAUGGAUAACAGAUGCACCACUAUGAAUUUCCAUUAUUUUCAAUGGGAG